CCCUUCCUCCUCACCGCUCUGUGACAGUCACCGGCCAUUCUGGGGGGCAGCGGAGGAGGAGCUGCGUCACCGGCUGUGGUGUGACAGGGCGCAUGGGAACAGGGCUCCUUAUCGCUUCACCGUGGGAAGUUUAAACCUCUUCCCGUUUUGGGGGCUGUGCCCAGAGGGAGGUUAAUCCCUGUAUGUGCACUGACAUGUCCUCCAAUCACCCCAGAGUGAAACGCACCUCCAGUUCCCCUACCAAUGGCCCCCCGGGGGCAGGUGCAGCAGCGGGCAGCCGUCUCCUUCAGCCUAUUCGGGCUACAGUGCCCUUUCAGCUCCUGCACAGCCCCAGCCGGUCCCCUUCCGCUUCAGUCGGGAGUAACACGGAGCCCGCCCCCCCUAGUCCCUCAAGCUGCACCCCGCCGCCCCCUCUCCCCCUUGCCCAGCAUCACACCUCGGCCAGUGAAGCGGUCGGAGCCCGAGUCCGCAGGAGGAGAAGCACUUCCCCGGACAGGAGGAGCGCAGGGUCCCCUGGAGGCAGAGCUGAGAGGUCAAAUUCACUUCAGUUAAGAACAUCGAAUGCAAUCAGGAGAACUUCUUCCUUGGAUACCAUAACUGGACAAUACCUCACCGGACAUUGGCCCAGAGACACUCAUGUGCACUACUCUUCAUGCAUGAAUGAUAAAUCUACGCAGACACCAAACUGCUGGGGGGAAGAAGGUGCAACAAAGAGAAGUCAUCAGCGCUCGGCCUCUUGGAGCAGUGCUGACCAACUCAAAGAGAUUGCCAAGCUAAGGCAACAACUCCAACGUACCAAGAACAGCAGUCGUCUCCUCAAAGAGAAGGACAAUCAGCUGCCUGUGCAAGGGAAUCAUGUAGCCGUCAGUCACACUCAGCCUGUAGAAGUUCCAGAUGGGAGAAGAGCACCAGUACCUUCCACCUGUCGGAGUAGCAGCACCCGCAGCAUUGACACACAGACUCCCUCAGUUCAUGAGCGAAGCAGCAGUUGCAGCAGCAAUCAUUCUCCUUGUGCUUCUCCAUCUUGCCCUCACGAGUCACAGGAAGGAAGUCCAUGCUCAGCGGAUGAUCUGCUCUUUGACCGAGACAAGGACAGCGGGAGUAGCUCACCGCUACCCAAGUAUGCCUCAUCUCCCAAACCAAACAACAGCUACAUGUUCAAACGAGAGCCCCCAGAGGGAUGUGAGCGAGUGAAGGUCUUUGAGGAACUGUCGACUCGCCCACCAGUCUCUACCGCUCUCUUUUCAUGCCCUGACAAAAACAAGGUUAAUUUCAUCCCCACUGGAUCAGCCUUCUGCCCAGUAAAACUGUUGGGGCCUUUACUGCCUGCUUCAGAUCUAACUCUCAAGAACUCCCCAAAUCCUCCCCCAAGUUCUGCAGUGAGCCCCAUGACAGUUGAGCACCUUUCAUCUCAGGUCUCCUCUUCAUCUCUGUCUGAUGGUGCCCCAAGUGCAGCUGAUAACGAUGGAGACAAUGACCAUUCAUCACCCCAAGAUCAACAGCUUGGGCUGGAACUACUGACUGAUGAUCAGUUGUCGGCACCCUCACCUACUCAGAACCAUGUUUUCAUGUAACCACCAGCAGAGCUGGACUCUGUUGCUACAAGUUGACUUGAAUCCAGAUCACCAACUUCUGCAUGUUGAUUGGUAAAGCUUUCUGAUCAGUUAAAUAAUAAUAAAAAAAACAAAAAAACAACAAUAAUGUAAUGCUUAGCGUGAAUUAUCAUAUUUGCCAUGUAAUCUUGGACUGGGGCUGAACUUAUGUUUUCUCUUGACUAGCAACAAUUAGUACAGGAUUCCCACUGUUAUAAAGAAAUGAUCUCUUUGUGGACUAUGCAUUACACAGUACAUCUGAACAGGUAUAAUCUGCAUUCUUCUGUCUUUAGAAAUAUUCCUUAGCUCCACCUAUACCAAUCAAAUGCCUGUCUCUGCAGUGUAUGACCUUGCUGUGUUGUGUCCUAUGAGGAAUACUGUGCUUCAGGGUUCUUUUUACAGUUGGUCCAGCUCUUUGACAUUGAAUCGGUUUGAGUGGAGAGAACAUCUGCUAUGCAUUGCAUUCCCGAACCCUCUCGCACUGAAAAGAGUGCAAAAACUCAUGGGCCUCAUGAGUUGCACAGAUCCUGUCCUAAGGCCUAGCUUUCAGGUACUUCAGAUAAAGUCUAAAACUCAGGUAACAUGGAAUGUAAACUACAUUGGAAAUAUCACACUUACAGCUUCACACAGAAGCUUACUAGUGGCACAAAGCUUUUUUGACAUUGACUAUUUUGGAAUAAGUUCCAGGUGGAAGGUCCUGUCACUGGUCUCUAAUAAGAACCAGCAAAGCUGUAUAUCGCUAUGACAAUGUAUAUUCUUUCAAUUUUUUUACUUUUUCAGCAUAGCCUUGUUGUGGCUAUAUCGAUAUUGCAUAUCCAAUCCCAGUGGUUAGACCAGGGGUCCCCGACCUUUUUUACUCGUGAGCCACAAACGAGUUGGAGAGCCACACAAGCAUGGAAAAGUCCAUGGGGAUGUCAAGUAAGGAAUGUUAUUGGCUAUUUGGUAGCCCCUAUAUGGACUAGUAGCCUACAGGAGUCUCUGUUUGGCAGUGCACCUGGUUUUUAUGCAACCAAAACUUGCGUCUAAGCCUGGAAUUCAAAAAUAAGCACUUGCUUUAGGCCACUGGGAGCAACAUCCAAGGCAUUGGUGAGCAACAUGUUGCUUGCGAGCUACUGGUUGGGGACCACGUGGUUAGACUAUUAGCUUUAAAAAUAAACAAAAUACUAUUUUGAAUUCACAAGUGUGUUGAGUGCGUCAUAGAAAGGCUUCUCUUUCUCCCUACCAUCCUUGCUUGUAUCUUUUUUUUUUUUUUUUAUGAAGCCAUAUUUAAUGGUUGCCCUUAGUAUGGGAAAUCAGAGUUGAUGUUUAGUUUCUCAUGUGGGAAAUGCAUUUCUGCUGACUAUGUCCAGCAUUUUCCGCCCUCCUUCUAUUUUCAAGAUAUUGGACAUUUUGAUAAAUAGCACAAGCAAUACUUUGUUCGCCUGCUAAUCAAAAUGGUAGAAUCCCACGCAAGCGCUGGGAUUAUAUUUUUAUAUUUAGAGCUGUCCUGUAGAUUUUACUACUUGCAAUUCAUAUCUUUUCUCACACGUGCACUUCAAGUGUCUUCAUUGAAGAAUAACGGCACUACAGUGUCAGGCCUAAUAUCAAAUUUUGUUACCGUGUCUCUGCCCCCCCCCCCCCCCCCGUUGGGCAUUACCAAUGUACAGAUUACAUUACACUUUUAUGCCCUUCCAGUAUAUAUAGUACCUAGCUUUCUAGCUAUUGAUGCAGGAAUUCUCCCUGCUGCAAUUCAGCAUUCCUUCGUUUGGGGCAGAUUCUUUAACGAUGGAAAGUGGGAGUCCGGAUGGAAUCCCUGUCAUUUGUUCUAAAUUCUAUUUCAUCUAAAUUCCUAUUUGCCAACACUGGAAAAUGUUAAUAAGGGAAAGCUUUUGCUUUUAGGGGUGUUGGUGCUCAGAGCUGCUCAGUAGCAGCAGUGAACGCCAACAUCCUCAAGAAAGGGUUCAAACCAUUAUUU